UUUGCUAACAAUUUCUUCGAAAGCCGUAUUUUUCGGAUAAAAUUUAAUUCGGACAUAUGAUGCAAUAUUUGUUUUCAUAAACGUUUGCUGGAUGAUUUUUUAUUGAUCCAAUUGACAUUCAUCGACAAAAUGGAGUUCUUUCAAGUUUAUCACAGGAAACGAAAGAGGGAUCAAUCUGAGAGACCAAAGUUGUCCCAUUCGUCCAAGAAUUUCAUUGACAGUGUGUUUGAAAAGAAAAUCACAUAUUCACAGUCUCGUUUGGAAGUUCCAACCUUAAACAAAGGCUUGGAGGAAAAAUGGAACAUACCAGAGUAUAUGGAAAUGAAAGAAAGAUUAAAUACUCUUAAGACAAAUUUAAACGACAAAGACAUGAUAACGUGGCAUGAUCACACAAGGAACGUUAAUCUGGCUGGAAAAAUUGGUCCAGAGAUAAGACAACAGCUUCGACCAGAACUUUGCACUCAAGCAUGGUGUAAAUUCUAUGAGAUUGCAUCAACAUUUCUGGAAAUCAACACACACAGGCCCUUUUGCUCAGUUCAUUUAUGUGAAGCUCCUGGAGCCUUUGUGACAAGCUUAAACCAAUACCUGUUUACACAAGGUUUUCAGUCAGAAUGGCAGUGGCUGGCAUCUACACUGAAUCCUUAUUAUGAGGGUAACAACAUAGCACAGAUGAUCGAUGAAGACCGAUUCAUCAAGUUCACUUAUGGCAACUGGUACUUCGGUGAAGAUAACACUGGAAAUCUGAUGUCCGAAAAGAAUCUCAGUGGAUUGAUGUCCAAACUCAAGGAUGACCAAGUUGAUCUGGUUACAGCCGAUGGAAGUGUUGACUGCCAGUUUAACCCAGCAGAGCAGGAAAAUGUUGUGUCCCGCCUGCAACACUGUGAGGUGAUAGCAGGCCUCCAUAUUCUCCGACCUGGAGGGAUGUUGGUCGUAAAAAUGUUCACACUGUUGGAGUGUACGUCCGUCUGUCUGAUGUAUCUACUGAGCAGUUUAUUUGAAGAGCUGACAGUGUUUAAACCUUGUACAAGUAAGGGGGGCAAUUCAGAGGUUUAUGUUGUCGGCAAGGGCUACAAAGGGAGACAAUCAUGCAACACACUGCUUGAACAGUUGGUGCCAUUAUACUUUGGUGAAAAUGAGCCCAAAGGAUGCCUCUUCCCACUGUCAGCUAUUCCCAAAUCAUUUCUCUACCAGCAUACCAAGUGUGUCCAGUUCUUCAUUGAGUGUCAGAUGAGUGCUAUACAGCGUAACCUGGACCUUUUCAAGGUCAUGACCUCUGAGGAAAGGUCAAACCUGGAGGCUGAGAAGGAUUACUGUGUCGAAUGUUUCUUUAACAAAUAUGAUGUGAGACCUUUGAAUGGUGGUUGGAAAAUCAUGAAAUUACCAAAGAAUCACAGACUAAAAGUACAAGGAAAAAGAAGGGAGUUUGCUGACAAGGCAAAACUUGAGGGAAAGUUUAUUGGCAGUUUCCAAGAGCGACAAGAAUUGUUAUUGUUACCAUGGAAACAGAAAGUGGUUACUAUGGAAACAUAUGAAGAAGAAGUGGAAAGGGAAGAUAAUUCUUUGUGGAUACAGAACUCCAGAGGACCACUGACAGAUGACCUUGUUUGGGCUUAUCAGCCGGUGACAGGAGCCUCUGUUGAAAAGAUUGAGAGCUCCAAAUUCUGUCCAGGGUUCUAUCUUGCACAAACACAAGAAGUGAUAAAGAAUGUUCAGUGCCUGUCUAGUAUACCCAAUCCACCGGAGGAGUUCGCAAAAACUGUUGCAAAGAAGCUCAUAGCAAUAGUAGUCUCCUGUCUCCAGUACCAUUCUGGAGUUACAUUUGACGAUGAACAGCAACGAAAGACUUGUAACAAUGGAUUAAGUGAGUCCAUUGAUAGCAUUCAAACAGUGGAAACAGAUUUGAAUGAAAAGACUGAUGUGGACAUGGAGUUAAAGCCUGGGUUUGUUUGUGAACUAUAUUCUAUUUCGCCUGAUGAAGAGUACAAGUCAACGAUUUUGAUGGAUGUUGUUACAAAGACAUCUACAAGCAGACAUAUUCAGCCAGUACCAAGAGUUUUGACCUUGGUCGCAUGUUCCUCCAAGGUCACACCAAACUUUGAGGUCAAAGACUGCUCCCAGAUGCUGAAAACUGUCAUACACAUUUUACAGACUGUCAAAGAAGGGGACACUGUGCUGAUCGAGAUGGGAACGUGUCUUACAAGAUUCACUGCAGGGCUGGUUUACAUUCUGUAUAAAUCCUUUAUUGAGGUUGGAUUUGUCCACAACCAUGGUCUUCUACUACAACGGCACCUGGUGUGUAUAAAAUACCAAAGCUGUCCAAUCGGAAUGCAGGAAUAUCUUGGGAGGUUGGGUCAUAGUUUUGAAACUGACCAAUCAGACCAAUCAGAAAGCAUUUUGGAAAUACUUCCAGUUAUGGAUAUCUUAGAAGACGAUGAUUUCUGUGAAUUUCUGAAGAUAACCAACACCAACCUACUGCAAUCAUUUGUUACCACUGUUGUGCAAAGAGAGAAACAACUGUUGAAAAGUGAUGCGGAAUAAACAUUUUAUAUCUUUUA